AGAUGGUGCACGACGACCGGAGAGUUUUUACUAACUUGUACACGAAAUUGGGUCAGAAACCCAAGAGUCUCUCUUGCACAAAAAACUGUCUGUAAAAGGGAGUGGGCAUCAUCGUUGACGCUUCAGUUGUAGUACUUUAACCUGCUAAAGUUACAGUCUUUUCAAAAGAGCCUGCGAGUGAAAUCGAUGAAUCACAGCGAAGCUAGGGGUUCCGGUGGCCAUAAGGGUUAUCGGGGACGUUCUCAAGCAUCUGAGCAAUGGGUUCCGGUUGCAGCUGAUGAUAAGUCUUUGGAAGAUUCUUCUGGUAAUAGGGUUAGGGGAUCUCAAGGGAAAGGAAGAAGUAGAACAUCGUGGUCUCCUAGAAAUAGUUAUGGGCGUGGUAACGAUGAACACAGUCCAGUGCAAGCGUACGUUAACAAGUCCAAUGUGGGAUUUGUGGAAAAGGGAGUUCAACAGGAUAGAAAGUCCCUAGAGGAUGGAAUUGGUUCUACUAAGCAACCUGAUGAUGGUGCUGCUGCUGGAGAUAACAAGGCUGUUUUGCAAUCAAAGAGCACAAAUGUCAGUGGAGGUUCGUUUGUCUCUAGUGAAUGUGAGGACAAGGAUGGCGCUAAAAUGUAUUGUGAUCUUGUGAAUAGGGUGAAUGAUGUUACGUUGUCUUGCCAGGAGUCUGUGUCUUCUACAGUUGUUCAGAAGGUUGAGCUUUCUAGUGUUGAGGAUCAAAAGAGUGCUCCAAAGGCUGAUGGGGCAGGGAACUCUUCAAAUGAAAGCAGUACGAGACAUUUUGAUAUCUUUCUCGAGAAGAAGGGGAUAGUACUCAAGCCCAACCUUCUGGUUCUGAGCAGAGAAAAGAAGAAAGCAGCUAAAGGGUACAGUGGAACUGUUAUUAGACCUGGAAUGGUACUUCUCAAGAACUACUUGUCAAUCAAUGAUCAAGUAAUGAUUGUGAACAAAUGCCGUCGGCUGGGUUUGGGUGAAGGUGGCUUCUAUCAACCAGGUUACAGGGAUGAAGCAAAAUUGCAUUUGAAAAUGAUGUGCCUUGGCAAAAACUGGGACCCUGAAACAUCUCGAUAUGGAGAAACUCGACCAUUUGAUGGUUCUACUGCGCCAAGAAUUCCUGCUGAAUUCAAUCAGUUUGUUGAGAAAGCAGUUAAAGAAUCACAGUCCCUAGCGGCCUCAAAUUCAAAGCAGACAAAGGGAGGAGAUGAAAUACCAUUUAUGUUACCUGACAUCUGUAUUGUUAACUUCUACUCAUCCACCGGGAGACUUGGUCUCCAUCAGGACAAAGAUGAGAGCGAAAAUUCCAUCCGGAAGGGAUUACCUGUUGUUUCAUUUUCUAUUGGAGAUUCAGCCGAGUUCUUGUAUGGUGAUCAGAGGGAUGAAGACAAGGCAGAAACGUUAACCUUGGAGUCUGGAGAUGUUCUAUUAUUCGGUGGAAGAUCAAGAAAAGUCUUCCAUGGCGUCAGAUCAAUUCGUAAGGAUACUGCCCCCAAGGCUCUUCUUCAGGAAACAAGUCUCCGACCAGGUCGUCUGAAUUUGACUUUUAGGCAGUAUUAGCCCAAAGCUAGAAACUUUGGCAAUGCAUCUAGAGCUGUCACCUGCUUUUGUUCUUUCGGUAACAAGAAGAAACAAAUCUUCGCAGAAAUCUAUCUUCUUGACAAAUUUGUUUUUUUGUUUCCGAUUAUAUGCAAGAACCUCCACACACGGUCUGUGUUGUAUUAUAAGGUCUUGGUAAUAUGAUUAUCCUUUGGUUUUCCUCUUUCUUCUCCAGAAUUGCUGCAUGGAUCCAGUAUCUAUCUCUUCUUCUAAAUUAGAUUGUUCUGAUUUGUUUUAAAAUCACUGUUUCUCAUUUUAUUUAUCUCUUCUGUCUACCAUUUCCUCCAACCCAUUCUACCUUUUCAACUUUGUAAGAAUUGCAGAAGAUUUUGUGAGUCUGGUUGAAAUUGUACUUGUCUUGUUUUCC